AUGGACGCCGACGAAAACUCUAGACCUGCGAGUCGCGACUCCGAGUCGCGCCCCUCAACAGCCCACCGCGUCGGUGGUUCCUCCUCAUUCCUCGGCCCCGCUGAUUUCGACGACUCGACCGUAUCGCCAGUAAAAGGCGGGAACGAUAAGACAGACGAUGAUAUUCCUGGGCGGUCAGGCAAUGUGACACCCCUCCGACGGAACGACUACCCCUCGCUGCCGCCCCCAAACAAUGCCCCCGAGGUCAGCUUUGUUGAGGGUGCUACCUUUGACGACACCCGCCACGGCGACGAUCAUGCCGAAACUGCCGUCCGAGCCCAUCUUCAGGAUGUCGAGUCGAGCUUCAUGUCGCGCCUAUCGCCUCUCCCGACUGUAACAACCACAGGCGCUGACGACACCUAUCUAUUUGACGGUGCCUCUUCCGGCCGAACCAAAUCACCAACAAAUCGACCCUUCGCCCCAAGAGCUCACACCGACGGCGGCCGGUCCGAUAACGAACUGCCCCAAUUGCGAUCCGACAGCGUCCACACUGCCGAUGUCAGCAACACGACCUCUUCACUCGAAACUCUCUCUUCCUCCCCGACAGCCGCAGCAGCCCGGCGGACCGUGUCCCGCGCACUCUCGAGCCUCAGCGAUGACCCUCGACGCCAGACCUCUGCCAACGUCGCCCACAGCGCUGAUGCGACCGACGAUGACCAGUCCGGCGCUGACCUUUCCAUGUCCCAGUCUGACGCCUCAGGCGAACAGAGCACGGAUAGGGGCUCCGUAGAUGUCGGCAGCACCCCAGGGCAUACACUUCGAUACGGGAAGCGGCCCAAGUACCUUCGCAGCCGCGGCACAAGCCAGCGUUCCUCGACAUCCUCAUUCGUCACGAACCCCGAGUCCCACGACGAUCUCGACAGUGAAGGCACGGUGGGGCUUGAAAUAGACUAUGCUCUACAAUCGGGCGGUGCUACUGGGCCCAUCAUGCCUCGUACCAUGAGCAACAUACUCUCGCGCACCGUGAGCAUGGGAAGCAUGGUCUCAGGCAUGGGCAUAAACGACACUCCGGAGCCUGGCGCGACGCCUUUGGAGACGCUGGAGGAGGUCGAGCGAUCCCCACACAACAGGCCCCUCAAUGAGGAUCUCUUGAAGACGCCAAAGCCUUCUAAGGAAAAUCUUUCGGCGCCGACCGACACCGUCAUUGCACGUCACGUUAGGAACGUCCAUGUGCCUGAGUCUCUGGCCAAGGAGUACCGAAGUAAAAGCGGGCUCACCACUCCACGAAAACCCUCCGACAUGACGCUCGUGGGUUCCGGCCGCUCAGGGAAGAACCUGACGCUCAAGGAACAGAGCAGCACUAUUGAACGUCUGUCGAAGGAGAACUUUGAUCUCAAGCUCAAGGUCAUGUUUCUCAGUGACCGUCUUGACAAGCUUUCUGAAGAGGGUGUUAAGGAGAUGAUCUCUGAGAAUGUCGAGCUCAAGACGAGUCUUGCCGUCGUCACGCGGGACAAUAAAGCGCUUCGGAGACGCGUCAGAGAGCUAGAGAAGAAGCUCAAGGAAGACGAAGACCGUCCGAGUACGGCGCGGAGCGGCGCGUCAUCCAACGAUCAGACUGCCCACUUUUUUGACCACGAGGCGAACGAACGUGAAGAGGAGCUCAUCUACUUGCGCGAGCGUGUUGAGGAGUACGUCACGGAGAUUGAGCGACUCAAAAACGACAGCAUAUCUAAAGAGGCGGAGAAGCGCAAGUUGACUGAGGUGGUCAAAUCGCUUGGGGAACGCACUGGCGAGAAUCUCGGCCGACAGGAGGAGGCCGAUGUCUGGAAGGACUUGCUGGAGCAGGAGACCGCCCGGCGAGAGCAGGCCGACGAGGACAACAAACGCAUGCGCGAUGAAAUCUUCCGCCUGAAGCAGGAGAUGACUUCUUCUCAUGGAGGGAGUGGUGGCGGUCUGCAUCAUACGACAAACAUCUACAACAUUACGAAGAAGAACCGACAAGUAUCCCCGAGUCGUCCGAUAUCCGGUCUCUCGGGCAAUUUGGACUCGAACACCAAUGGUGGUUUCAGUAGCACGGCGCCAACAUUGGUUGAGGAGUUGCGUCGUGAGAGCGAGCAGCUGCGACACGAAAAUGCCGAAUUGCGACGCGAAGUUGGCGCCCAGACAUCCAUGCUCACGUCCAGGAAUCGCGAGAAGGAGCGCUUGUACCAAGAAAUCGAGGACCUUAAAAUCGCCCAACGCCGCGGCGGACCAGCCCUCUCAGCAGUUGAUAGCUUGCUUGAGCGGUCAGCGUCUCGGGCCGGCGGCCAUCACCGGUCCAUGUCACGCACUAGCAUUUCAAGGACGCAAAUCACCGAAGCCGAUGAGGCCGAGAGGGAGCAGCUCGAAAACGACCUCUCGGAAGCUCGCGAUCGAAUCAACGAGGUCAAAUUGCACAACCAGGAACUGCAGAGGGAGCUCGACGGCUGCAUGGAAGACUUUGAAACGGCAGUCGACGCCAAACAGCAAGCUGAAGAGGCCGCGACGGCUCUGCAAGAAGAUCUGGAGGCAGCUAUGGCGGAUCUUGUUGCACUACAGGCCGAGCGCGAUGAAGCCCUCCGAGAACAAGCGGACAUGGAAGCCGAGUUUGAGGCACUUCGGAAAGAAGCCCAAGAAGAGAUUGACGCGCUCGAGAACGAAGCCGAUCAAAAGGGAGAGGAGAUGCAGCGACUGCAGUUAGACCUCAGCAUUCGGUCUGAAAACUUUGAGGCUCUCCAGAAAGAGAUGCGGGAUAUGAGCGAGGCGAUCGUCCGGCUGGAGGACGAGCACGAGAACAAGUUCCAGCGCAUCCAGCAGCUUGAACAAGACCUUCAGGACGCUAACAAGGAGUCGGAGGAUCUGGAGACGAAGCUGCGUGAGGCCAACGACAAGGUGCAACGGCUCGGCGUCCAGGCAGAGUCGAGCCAAAGCGAGAUUGCCUUUCUCCGCGAGGAGCAGGAAGGCGACAAGAUCAAGAUUGGCGACCUCGAGGCGGCCAUUGAGAACGCCGAGUCGAUGCUCGAGGAGGAGCGCGAGCGCGUCCGUGAGCUCGACCAGCGGCUCAAGGAGGAGAGGCGGCAACGCGAGAUGGUGGCGAACCAGGAGAAGGAAGAGGUGCAGCAGUUUGUCAACGAGCUCAACCGCGAGAUGUCAACGGCCAAGGAUGAGGCGCGACGGCUGCGUAAGAACCUCAACUCGCGUGAGGUUGAGGCCACCGAGUGGAAGGAGCGGCUCAUGGAGCUGGAGAAUAACCUGCGCGAGGCGCUGGGCGACCUCAACGGCACACGCUCCAGCCUGCUCAAGAACAUUACAAGUCUACAGCGGCAACUCGAGAACACGGUGCGCGAGCUCGAUACGACGAAGGCGUCACUCGUGGAGAAGGACCGCAUCAUCAAGCAGCGGGACGCACUGCUCGAGUCGCACGGCUUGGAACUGCGAAAGCUGUCUGAGCUGCUGCACAAGGAGCAGCAGGGCCACCGUACGACACGCAACCAGUUUGAGACGUUCCAGAAGACACACAGCCACGUGUCGAGGACGGUGACGUCGCAAGACUCACGCAUCACAGAGCUCGAGGCAGGACGGGCGAUGGACAAGAAGAAGAUGACGCAGCUCGAGGCUGCGUUCAGGGAGCAGCUGACGGAACGCAACAACCUGCUGCUGGUGCUGUGGACGCGGCUUUCGUCGCUGUGCGGCACCGACUGGGCGCACAACAACAGCCUCAUCAACGGACGGGCGCUACCGUCGCUCGAAUCGGUGGCGACAAUGCUGCCUGGGUUCACAAAGAACCUGCUCGCAGCGGUCAAGACGAUGGAGACAAUGGUCGGAGGGUUCCAGUCGCGCAUCAAGAACAUGGAGCGCGAUCUCUGGAAGGAUUACCAGGCGCUCGAGGGCGAUCUCGACACCAAGACGAAGAAGCUGGACCGGCUCGAGUCGAUUGUGCGCAACGGCGUGGCCUCGGGCACGCUCAACUCGAGCGAACACUCACGCAUGGUGCGCAUGGAGGAGGCGUACCGGCAGCUCAAGAUUGAGAACGCGACGCUGCGGACAGCGAGCGACGUGCGAUCGAGGGCAGCGUACUCGGCGGCGGGCGAGGAAGGCGUCGGCAGCCCGUCGCCUUCGAUCCCCACAGGCCCGCGAGACCGCGAGAAGAAGAGCCGCAAGGGGCGCGACAGCGAGCGGUCGUCGACGCUAACGCGGACCAGCAGCUCGCGCGGUGGCAGCUCACGAGGCGGUGGUGGCGUGUCGCUCGGCGCGGAGACGAACCCGUAUGAGACGGCGCUCGCAGAGCGGGGUCACGGCGGCAGCGGUGUCGCCGAGGACAAGACGUGGAUGCUGCGGCUGCGAGAUCUCGAGAUGAAGCUCAAGGCGGAGCGCGAAGGACGAAACCUCGACCGUACAGCGGCACGGCAGCGGCUCGGCGGUCUCGAGUCGGAGAACCGCGAUCUUCGAGGGGAGGUGAUGCGGAUGCGACGGGGUCGCGAGACGUGA